AUGGGAGACGAGAAGGUGAAAAACGAAGCAUUGCAAAUAAUAGGAAUGUUUCAAGUACUGCCUAGAUUGGUCGUCUUCGAUCUUGAUUACACUCUCUGGCCUUUCUAUUGCGAAUGUCGCUCCAAGCGUGAAAUGCCAUCCUUGUAUCCCCAAGCUAAAGGCAUAAUAUUUGCACUCAAGGAAAAGGGGAUUGAUAUGGCCAUUGCUUCUAGAUCACCAACCUCAGAUAUUGCAAAGACAUUUAUUGACAAACUGAGCCUCAAGUCAAUGUUUACAGCGCAGGAAAUCUUUUCCAGUUGGACCCACAAGACAGAGCAUUUCCAGAAGAUUCAUACGAGGACUGGGGUACCCUUUAACUCCAUGCUCUUUUUUGAUGAUGAGGAUAGGAACAUUGACACGGUGUCAAAAAUGGGAGUAACAAGCAUUCUGGUUGGUAAUGGGGUUAAUCUCGGGGCACUAAGACAAGGACUCACAGAAUUUUCACAAAAUGUGAGCAAAUCUGAAAAGAACAAGCAGAGGUGGCUGAAAUUUUCACAAAAUCCAAAUUCAUCCGAGAAGAAAGAUCAAGAUUGA